GGAAAUUAAGUAGGCAUAAUGCAACACGAAAACACUUAACUAAGUCAGCAAACCAAGUUCAGAUUAUAAUGAGAAACAAGAUAAAUAAUUUGGUCUCCUAUAUAAACAGAGCCAGAGGUGAUUACGUUUAGUUAUACACUAUCACAAGCGAAAUUUAAUAUAUCAAACCAAAAAAAAAAAAAAGUUGGAGAAAAGAGAGCUUAGAGCGCUAUGGAGAGCAAGAAAAAGCAAUUGUAUGAGAACUUGCGCGAUCUGAAGAAUGCCGUCCAAGUGCGCAUGGACAACAAGACGACCACGGCGGCGGAGUUAGACGCAAGUGCCGAGAAGCUUCUCAAGUGCUGCAUUGAUGUCAUGACGAUCACAAAACACAAUUUUGCUCUUCACUUCCGCAGUUUUAUCCACCGUUUAAUUUGGCUCAAAGCCCUAGACUUUGACUCGUCUUCCGCAGUAUCCGAUAUGGGUUUUGCGGAAUCAGAAACAGGAUCAUCAACUAGGGUUUUGGGAAAAUCAGCGUCUUGGAUUUUCAUUUUCUUCCGCGAGGGACAAGAAGUAGAGGUCUGUGGCGUCUUCUUCAUCUUAACGGAGAGGAGUGUUACACAAGUUACUUGAUACAGAAAUACAUAUUGUUGUCAUUUUUAUAAAACUUGUUCGGGAAGUCAAAACAAGUUCCUGAUUUUUGGGCUUUGGAUAUUCUCUUUAGAUUGGAAUCUUUGGGCCCUUAAUUGUGGGGAUCCAUCUUUAUGGGCCAAUUCAUUCAAAUCAUUUUUCUAAUUUUCAAUUUAGGGAAGUAAAGUGUAUAGAUUACAAUAAUAAAAUUUUAUAGAUUUCAUUUUACUUUAAACUUUGGAUCUAUAACUUGUAAUAAGUUUUUAUAUUGAUAUUUGUUAUUUUUAGUGAAUAUUAGAUUGUUCAC